CAAAACGCAUUUUUAAAUGACAGUGGCUUUAUUUGAAAUUAUUAAAUAAAUUCUCAUAAGUGUAUUAUGAGCGAUGUUUUUCAGAUAAAUUUCGAUCUUACUAAUCAAGAUGCAGAAACUAACAAGCAUUUGCAUCCUUGUUUUAUACAUAUUAAUCCAAAAUUUGUCUUGCGUUUUAUCCAGUGCCGGCGACCGUUCGCCUUUUUAUCAAAGAUGUGUUAACAAUUGUGUGAAUCAGAACUGCACCUCAGAUGGUAAAUUCACAGCAGAGGCCACGGACAAUCAAGAUGCAUGGUGUAAACUGCUGCAAUGGAGCUGCAAAGACGAGUGCCGUUAUGCCUGCAUGUGGAAUACUGUAGCUGCAUUCCAGGAGAGGGGGCUUCAGAUACCUAUGUUCCAUGGGAAGUGGCCUUUUAAAAGAUUCCUUGGCAUCCAGGAGCCAGCUUCAGCCUUCUUUUCCUUGCUGAACCUUGUCUCCCACACUUACAUGUUUCUAAAGAUCUACUUUGAUGAGCGGUUUUCAGUUAAGGAGACACCUAUGUUGAAGUUUUGGUUCAUAUUUUUUGUGAUAUGCGCCCAUGCGUGGCUGUGGUCUAUCAUAUUCCAUAGUCGAGACACGCCCAUCACAGAAUUCAUGGACUAUGCCUGUGCUUUAUCCAUGGUCUUGUCACUGCUAAUGGCUGCUAUUGUUAGAAUAUUGUACUCGACAAAAGUAAUAUGCAUAUUGUUAAUAUUCAUGAUGUUAACUUAUUUUGCGGACCACGUGCGUUACUUGUACGAGGGCAUGCUCUACGGCAGAAUCGACUAUGAAUACAAUAUGACUGUUAAUGUCAUUUCGGGGGCCACUGGCGCGAUAGUGUGGCUCGUGUGGGCGCUGUGGUCCGAGCGGCGCGGGCGCACGUACGCGUGGCGCGUGGCGGCGUUCACGGUGCUCUCGGGGCUGGCGCUACUUCUGGAGCUGGCAGACUUCGCGCCGCUGCUGCACGCCCUCGACGCGCACGCCUUGUGGCACCUCGCCACAGUGCCUCUGCCGUCGCUUUUCUAUCGGUUAGUAAACAACUUCGCAUACAGGAAUAUUAUUACAUCGUCGCCCCUGAUCGGAGACCGGCAAGCGCCUGGAUUUUAA